AUGGUGAGGUCUAACCUGGUGACUGCUGAGUCGGCCCCCAUUAUUGAAGACCCGGGAUGCUUCUGGGUUAUUAUAAAAGGAUGUAGUCCCUUUUUAGAUCGUGAAGUUGAUUAUCAAAACCUCAAUAGUGCCAUGAAUGACUUCUAUAAUAGCAUGUGUCAAGACAUAGAAAUAAAGCCGUUAACCUUGGAAGAAGGGCAGGCCUGUGUGGUUUACUGCCCGGAGCUGAAGCGCUGGUGCAGAGCUGUCAUUAAGUCCCUCGUGUGUUCGGCCGACCAUCACCUGGCAGAGUGCUUCCUGGUGGAUUUCGCCAAGUAUAUCCCCGUGAAGUCUAAAAACAUCCGAGUUGCUGUAGAAACGUUUAUGCAGCUUCCCUACCGCGCGAAAAAAUUCAGACUGUACUGCACGAAGCCAGUCACGUUACACAUUAACUUCUGCGAAGACAGCGCUGAGAUUGUACCUGCCAAGAAGUGGGACAGCGCCGCGAUCCAGUACUUCCAGAACAUCCUGAAAGCAACUACCCAGGUGGAAGCCAAGUUGUGUGCUGUGGAAGAAGAUACUUUUGAGGUCUACCUUUAUGUAACUAUAAAAAAUGAAAAAGUCUGUGUUAACGACGAUCUGGUUGCGAAGAACUUUGCUCGUUACAUUUCACCCAAGGAGAAUAAAAACCUUCAUUCUGUAGAGAAGCUACAAUUGAGUAGAAAGCCUGCGUCCUUUUCCAGUAAACUCAAUCCAGCACUUACUCUUUGGCCAAUGUUUUUGCAAGGAAGAGAUUCUCCGGGGACAGAAAGUUCCCAUGGUGUGACUUUUCUGGCUCAGUCUCGUCAGCAUCCGUGGCCCAAGGGUGGUGCUGGUGGCCUUGGGCCGACUGCUGUGGUCCUGGAUAAAACUAUAAACUGUAGUACGGAUUCAUUGAGAGAUUCACCUAAAAAGGCUGAAAAGAAACAACAGUGCAUCUCUUUGAAAGAUACAAAUAAGGCCGCCCUGGGCCAGCGCCAGGGGACGGGAAGCACUUUAUGUCAGAAGCCAAACAAGGAGCCACUUGGGUGGGCUGAGAAGAAAGAGCACAAUGAGAAGAAUGGCUGUGUGAAAUUAUUGCAGUUUUUAAAUCCGGAUCCUCUGAGAACCGAUGGAAUCUCUGAUCUUCAGCAGCUGCAGAAGCUGCGGUCGGGGUCCCCGCAGCCGCCCAUCGCUGUGCUCCGGAACAAGAUCGAGCCUUGGUUGUCGGUGGACGCGUCGCCGCUGUCGGCUGACCUGAAAAAGGCUCUCCACAGAAACAAGUUCCCGGGACCCAGCCACGCCGAGUCCUACUCGUGGCCGCCCAUCGCGAGGGGCUGCGACGUGGUGGUCGUUUCUCACUGCGGGCACAACCCCCUGCUGUACCUUCCGCCGCUCCUGACCAUUCUGCAGACGGGGGGCUGCUACAAGUCUUUACCAAGCAGGAAAGGACCUCUGGCGGUCAUCGUGUGCCCCGGCUGGAGAAAGGCGCAGUGCAUUUUCGAACUGCUGAGGGACUACGGCACGACCUCCAGGCCUCUUCACCCCAUGCUGCUGACGAUCGGACUCCACAAAGAUGAAGCCAGAAACCUGAAGCUCCCGAGGGGCUGUGAUAUAAUUGUGACGACACCCCACAGCCUCCGGAGACUUCUCCAGUACCAAAGCUUGUUAUUUCUCAGACUCUGUCACCUCGUUUUGGACGAGGCGGAGGUCCUAUUCCUCGAAGCUAAUGAAGAAAUGUUUGCUAUAUUAGAUAACUUUAAAAAAAAUAUUGACGUUGAAGAAAUGGAAUCUGCACCACAUCAGAUUGUGGCCGUUGGAGUUCACUGGAGCAGACACAUAGGACAGCUGACGAAAGAGUUCAUGAACGACCCCUACGUUGUGGUCACAGCCAUGGAAGAGGCUGCUCUCUACGGCAGCGUCCAGCAGGUGGUGCACCUUUGCCUGGAAUGUGAAAAAACCUCCACUUUACUCCAGACUCUAGAUUUCAUUCCAAGUCAAGCACAAAAGACCUUGGUCUUCACUGGUUCUGUAGCUGAAACAGAAAUCGUGUAUAAGGUAAUAGAGAGCAGUUCAAUAUUUUGCUUGAAAAUGCAUAAAGAAAUGGUUUUUAACUUGAAAAGUGUUUUAGAGCAGUGGAAGAAGAGGUUAAGUCCCGGCUCUCACAUUGUAUUAGCCUUAACGGACGACUGCAUACCACUCCUGACCGUCACCGAUGCCACGUGUGUGAUUCACUACAACUUCCCUUCCUCGCCCAGAAUUUUUGGUGGACGUCUGUAUUGCAUGUCUGAUCAUUUUCGGAGUUCAGCUGAACAGGGUUCUCCUGCAGAACAGGGCGGUAAGAACACCAAGUCUGUCCUGCUGCUGACGGAGAGGAACGCGGGCCACGCGGUGGGUGUCGUGCGCUACUUGGAGCGCGCCGAGGCCCGGAUUCCGGUGGAGCUGUACGAGUUUACUGCGGGGAUCCUGGAAGCCAGAGAAGAUAAGAAGGCCGGGAGGCCUCUUUGUUCAUAUCUUAAGUCUUUUGGGUUUUGCAAAGACAAAAGGAUCUGUCCAGAUCGACACCAUAUUAAUUCAGAAAUAGACAUGCCAAGGAAAUUAUCCACCCAAACUCUACCAACGUUUGGAUACAUCAAAAUAAUACCCUUUUAUAUUUUGAAUGCAACACAUUACUUUGGCCGUAUAAUUGAUAAGCAUAUGAGCCAGGUGAGCCCUGGGCUCAGAGAGCGGCACAGUCGUGUCCGUGUCUGCCUCAGGGACCUCUCCCACCGCGAGGUCGAGGUGCUGGAGCAGAGCCCGAAGGAGGCCGGCGGGGGCCCCACCCGGGUCCUCGUGAGGUUUCUGGACGAAGGCCGGCCCGGGCUGGCGGCCGCCGGCCAGCUGCUGCGGCUCCCGGAGCGCUUCCUCGCGCUGCCUCCCCAGGCCGUGGAGUUCAUUGUGUGCCGAGUGAAGCCUGCUGACAGCGAAGUUGAGUGGAAUCCAAAGGUCACUAGGUACAUUCAUCAUAAAAUCAUUGGGAAAUUGCACGAUGCAAAAGUGGUACUUGCUUUAGGAAACACAGUGUGGGUCGAUCCAAUGGUGCACGUUACAAAACUUUCAAAUUUGAAAACGUCGGUCAUUGAUUAUAACAUCCGUGCCGAAAUCUUGUCCAUGGGCCUGGGUGUCGACAACUCGGAGCACAUAGAACAACUGAAGGCGUUACACCAAGGAGCCAACGAGCCGCCUGGUGAAGAAAGCCUAAGCCACGCCCUGGCGCCUUCUUCAGCAGAAGAUGCCACCGGUCUGCAGAGCGCGCAGCGAGGAGACGGGGGCUCGGGAGCAGGGGCUGGCUCCGACACCGAGCCGGGAAACCAGAAGCACGAAACUCUACCUGAAAACACGAGAGAUUCUUCCCUGAACAAAACCACAGAGCCUCUGAAGAGCUUCCACCCGCAGGUCAAGUGGUUCCAAAAGGAUGAUGUGGUCAUACUGAAGAUAAAACUCAGGAACGUAAGGGAUCACAACUGCGAAUAUUUCAAAGACAGAGUCGUUUUCAGCGCCUGGGUGGGAGAGAAGUUUUACGUGGCCGACAUGGCGCUGCAGGGCAGCAUCGCACAGGACGACUGCGCAUGCACGGUCACGGGCGAGGAGCCCGUGCUCACUCUCGCGAAGGAGAGAAAGGGGCCGUGGCGCAGCUUACUCAGACAGCGGAAUCCCAACGUGGCUUUCGAUUUCGAUCACUGGGAAGAACACGAAGAGGAGAGCCACUUCCCCAAGGUGGGGAGUUGUAAACACCUGCCCUUGAAAGUGGCGGAGGUGGCUGAGAGCAGUGACGCGGCGUCGGAGGAGGAGGAGGACGGGAGCGACAGCGAUUGAGCCGAGUCCCGCCGGAGGGUGGCCGGAACCGCCCACGGCCGUCGCGCCCCGCGGCUGAGAUUUCGGGAGACACGCCGUCGUGGCCAGCCUGUCCGUGACUCAGGGCACGUUAGGACCUGGUGUCGUCCCGUGCACUGGGAUUGGCACCUGUGGGGGGGCGGGCACCGCUAUCGCUCGGGCCCAGCCUCCGCCUGAGCCGUCCCCCCGCACUGUCACAGGCAGCCUGUCCCGACCCCCGCCUUGAGUGACGGGGAGCACGCCGCGCCACGGGGGGACGCAUUGUCCUCCCCGGGGCUGGUCUCUGCUCCUUCCCGUACACCUGUUUGGUGUGUUGCUGAGACCCUGCUGCUGUUCCUGGAACCCGAGGUUUCCGGCGCCACACGUUCCUGCCCGCACCGCCUGACGGCGCUCCCGGCCGUGAGCUGGCUGGGACUCUGCAAGGUCCGAGUGCGGCGCUGGUGUCCUGACGACGGGGUGGCCGCUCCCCGCGGACCCAGGGCUUCCUGGAGGCGAAGCCGCCGCUUUCUGAGGGGCCGCCUGGGCUGCAGGGCCCCGGGCGGAUGGGACGGAGGCUUCUCUUCAGUGGGAACUGGGAAGGACCCGUGGGGUCCCUGGAAGUGGCCCUCAGGACACCUGGGUGGGAGGAGCCCAGACAGUCACGACGCCAUCCUGGGGGGGCCACGGCCCGGAGGAAGGGGUCCGUCACUGCCUGACUGCAGGGGCGCCCUGAGCCUGAGCCCAUGCUCCCUGCAAGGGAUAGAAGGGAGCCCAGCGUAAGCCCCAGGCACGACUUCGCUGUGCCUCCCAGCGGGAAAGAACGGGACCGUCGUGACUGUCCCCAAGGUCUUUAUUCCUGUUGUACGUCAGAAAGCCCGGGGGUCCACGCCUGUGUCCGCCCCAGGCACACGCGCCACCGCUUGGGUAGGGAAACCCCGUCCUCAGGCUGUCCCGUGAGCAGGUUUGGAUCCCACUCUGGCUCUCAGUUUCCUCAUCUGUAAAAUAAGACAUUCUGCUCAGGGCGCCGCCUCGGAGAUGCAGGGGUGCCGGCCAGACCCCCGCGGCUGGUGGGGGCCGCCGCGUCCGCCCCAGAGCCGCCUCUCCCGUGGGCACCCGCAGCACAGUGGUGAUUGCCCCUCUUCUUGGCUGUAUCGUGCCGCUCCUCCGGGGGUAGGAAGCCCUGGUCUUUGCUGGCAAAGGCUUUGUCGUGUCCUCAGCAGGUGUCAGUUUCUGUAAACACAACUUUCGCCCCCGCUAGGGGAGGCCUUGGGGCUGGUGGCCCGGCCCCUGAGCGGCACCGGCUCUCCCGGGGAUCGUGGCCGCCUGCCACCGUCGCCGUGCUCACCCUCUUCCGUGAAACCGCAAAUAAUCAAUUUCAUGUUUGGGGAAGAUUUCUGAAAAGCAAAGUGAAAGUACUCUCGUCCCUACGCUUCUAAAAUUACUCUCAUACUUAGUGGUGCCGUGAAUGUGUUUGGAGUGUAUCAGUAAAAUUUCAGUGCUUUCACAGAAAUGGCA